AUGGAGGAGACUGAGAAUUUCGUUUCGCUACUCCCACAACCUAAGCGGUAUCAACCACCUUCUCCGGUCAAAGGUCUCAGCGAGAUCAGUGCCUCGACCAACAACGCUCGCCAUGGAUCCAUGUUGCCUCCCCCGCAGUAUGGCCUCAAGCGUCCGGCUUCGAAUCGUAUGGCAAACAAUGGCAGUCCAGAGAAGAGAAGCUCAUCCGAAGCAGUCCCCGAACCGCAACCGAAGCGCAAGACGUUGAUGGAACGAGCGGGCGAACCGUACAAGCAGACACAAGCCGCUCCUCGGUCCAACACUGCUGUCAGCAACUCAGUGGCAUUUGCUGCAGCGCGUGCGCCAUCGUCGUCCUCAUAUUCAUCUUUAUCACGCAGCACAUCGAGUGCGUCGAGAAUCACCUCCAACUCGUCCUUCUCGCAAAGUGUUGGGUCAGGCAUCCGGCCCCCAGCCUCGUCGCUCGCACGUCCGAAGACUUCACUCGCCAAGAAUCGAAAUGCUCAAGCCGCUACGAGGCCUGCCACGUCGCUCGACAAUCGCGACCCACCGAAGGAAGAAGUCAAGUCUAAGCGUAUGUUUCCCAUGAACUUGCUAUCCCAUUCUCCCCAGAAGAAUGUCUCUGUUACGAAGAGAGGUGCGCGAGCCAUUUCACCGAGUAGAUCGCCUUUCAAGUCUCGUGACUCUUCCUUGGCAAAGGCGAUGCAGACCCUGCGACUCAGCAGUCGUCCUUCGAAGCACGAGCUUGUUUCUCUUCCCCUGGCCAUGCCCAAGACACCCUCGCAAAGCCCAUCACGUAUCCCACGUGCCACACCGACAAAGUCACCCGACAAGUUGAUGCAUAAUGCCCCGAGAUUUACUCCUCCUGAAAGACACAAAUUCGAACCAUCCCCAUUCCCUGCGUCCCCAUACUCCCCAAACAAAUCAAGGAAAAAGCAAUAUCUGACAAUCGACUCUAAUCUAGAAUCUUGGGACCCCGAAGAGCAAUAUGGCAACAUGGAGAGAAUGUAUCAGGAUGUUUGCUCUCAUUACAAAGAGGCCAUGGAAGAUAACACUAGUUUCCGAGAGACCACCAACUUCUACAAACAAGCCGCGGCCAAGCUGGAAGAAGACAAGGCGUUGCUAACAGAGAACAUCAUAUCUCUCAAAGCCGAAGUGGAGACGAGCAGAUAUCGCGUCAGCAGCAUCGAACGAGAAAAGCUCGAGGUCAAGCGCACUGCCGAAGAGGAGUUGGAUGAAGUUCGACGGAGCUUCCGGAUUGAGAUGGAGAGCGUCAAACAAUCUCAUCGCGACGAAGUCGAACGCAUGAAGAGUGACCAUCGCGAGGAAGUCCGAGACGUUCGACGUCGCUUCGAAGAAGAGCUAGAAUCUGAACGGAUCCAGCGCAUUCAAGCUCUGAGUCAAGCAUCAACGGCAACGGCCAUGGAGAAGCAGAAGCAGGAACUGGAAUUGGACGCAAAGGAUCGUGAAAUCCAGUCUGUCAGGAACGAGGUCGAGCGCAUCAAUGCCGGAUUGGAACGCGAGCAGUCCCUCAAUGACCAACUCAGGCAGAAUCUCGCAGGUGCCGGCAAUACUCAAGCUGCGAUGGAAAGUGCAAGACAGGCGCUACAAGCAAAGAUCGACUAUCUCGAAUCCGACAAUAAGUCUCAAUCGGAAGCCUAUGCUGCUAUGGAGCGAAAGAUGACAGAAGCUAUUGCUCAUGCAACAGAAUGCAUGGAGAAGCUGCGAAAGGAAGAGACGCUCAGGCGCAAACUGCACAACCAGGUUCAGGAGCUCAAGGGCAACAUUCGAGUCUUCUGUCGUGUGCGACCAAGCCAUCCGAGUUCGGAUAACGAAGAUAACGCUAGGAUUGCGUUCCCAGACGUGGAUGAAUCCAAACAGAUCGAAGUCCGUGGUCCGGAGGAAACGAGCAGUUUGGGCAAGGUGACGACAAAGAAGUACGACUUCGAGUUCGAUCGAGUUUUCGACACGGCGUCGCACAAUGGUAUCAUCUUCGAGGAGAUCAGUCAAUUGAUCCAGUCUGCACUGGACGGGUUCAAUGUCUGCAUAUUUGCAUAUGGUCAGACCGGCAGCGGAAAGACAUUCACGAUGUCUUCUGAAGACGGUAUGAUCCCUCGCGCACUGCGACAAAUAUACAGCACAAGUAAAGAGCUCGAGUCUCGAGGCUGGACAUACAGCAUGGAGGGCAGCUUCAUCGAAGUGUACAAUGAAGAGAUUCGAGAUCUUCUGGGCGAGGAAGGUAGGAGUGAGAAGGCUGCGACCAAGAAACACGACAUUCAUCAUGACACCGUUCGUUGUGAGACUACUAUCACAAAUGUGACAACACUGAACCUGGACUCGCAAGACCAAGUGGAAGGUAUUCUCGAGCAGGCCAUGGCUCGACGUUCAGUGGCAGCAACAAGCUCCAACGAACGAAGCUCACGAAGUCAUUCGGUCUUUAUCCUCAAGCUGCAAGGACGCAACAGCAUCACAGGCGAGCAAUCCAAGGGCACACUCAAUUUGGUCGACUUGGCCGGAUCAGAGCGGUUGAACAACUCCAAAGUCGAAGGCGCUCGUCUCAAGGAAACUCAAAACAUCAACAAAUCUCUGUCAUGUCUCGGAGACGUGAUCGGUGCACUCGGCCAGCAGUCAGGCGGCUUCAACCCGCGCUCAAGCGUAAACGUAAAUGGAGGCGGUGAAUCUCACAUCCCCUACCGCAACAGCAAGCUCACAUACCUGCUACAAUACAGUCUGAGCGGCAAUUCGAAGACACUCAUGUUCGUCAUGGUCGCACCGGAGAAGAAGCAUCUUCAGGAAACAAUAACAAGCUUGAAAUUCGCUGAGAAGGUUGGAAAUACGAAGAUUGGUGUGGCGAAGAGGUCAAAGUGA